GUAUUUAACUAUAUAAAUGAAAAGGUGACUUCAAACUUGAUACUCUACAAAAAGCGUAUAAAUUAACGCUUAUUUGUUUUUAAGAUGAAGGCAACAAUAAUAUUUUUAAUAUUAUGGAUUUCUGCAUCUUCAGGGUCGAAUAUCUUGAUGGUUACCCUUGGUGGAACGAAAUCUCAUAAAAUUCCUUUUUUAGAAAUUGGAAAGGGGCUUAUAGAAAGGCUACAUAAUGUUACUUUAAUAAGUGGAUUUAAGACAGAACCACAAACAAGUUCCAAUAUCGAAGAUGUAGCUCCAUUAAAGGUCGUUCAAUUUAUCGAAACAUAUUUCAAUCGAGAUUUACUCGGAACGCGUAUGAAAGGAGAGUUACCCAUACCAAUUCUUGACGUUUUUAGAUAUCCAUUAGAGGUUUGCUCUGCAUUUUAUGAAGAUCAAGAAGUAGUAGAAAUUAUAGCUCAUAGAAAAUUUGACCUAGCUAUCUUAGAUGGUGCGUUUCCAGAAUGUGCAUUAGCUAUGGUUCAUAAAAUGGAAAUACCGUUUAUGUUUUUGAAUACAGUUGGACUGUAUAUGGGAAGUUUAUCAAGAGCAGGAAAUCCCGUCUUACCUGCAUUUACUCCAGCCUUCAGUGGACAGUUCACGGAGAAUAUGAGUUUCUUUGAAAGACUUACAAACAAUGCGGUUCACCUUACACUGAACAUGAUGCAUUUUAUAAUGGUACAUUUCUUACAAAAAAGAUUAAGAAAUUAUUUUGGUAGUGAACUCCCACAUGUGUAUGAUAUUUCAUCCAAAGUUAGUUUUACAUUACAAAACGGACAUCCUACAUUAACAUAUCCCAGGCCAUUUUUUCCGAAUGUCGCGGAAAUUGCUUGUGUACAUUGCAAAGAACCAAAAAAAUUACCACAAGAUUUAGAAGAUUUCGUUGGAGGAAAUAACACAGAAGGUUUUAUUUAUGUUGCAAUGGGUUCGUCAGUUAAAGCAGCAAAUAUGCCAAACAAACUGAGACGAAUUAUGUUAGAGGCUUUUUCACAUUUGCCCUAUAAAGUUUUGUGGAAAUGGGAAAGUAAUACAAAAAACAUGAAGAAUAUACCAAGUCACAUAAAACUAUCAAAAUGGUUUCCACAACAGGAUAUAUUAGGACAUAAAAACAUCAAAUCGUUCGUGACUCAUGGAGGCCUUCUCAGCAUGUUUGAAACUGUGUACCAUGGUUGUCCGAUUGUCACAAUUCCCGUUUUUUGUGAUCAUGAUGCUAAUGCAGCGAAAGCAGUUCUGGACGGUUAUGCAAUCAAGCUGAACUUACAGACUUUAUCUUCAAGAACACUUGCUACAGCAAUAGAACAAACUGUAAAAAAUAGCACAUACAAAAGCAAAGCGCAGUACCGACAAUCUUUAAUACGAGACCAAAUUAUUUCACCUUUGAAUCUGUCAAUAUAUUGGAUUGAAUAUGUGAUAAAGCAUAAUGGUGCUGAGCAUCUUCAAACUCCCAGCAGAUCUCUUAGUUUUCUGGAAUACUAUUCUCUGGACGUAUAUGCAUUCUGCUUUGGUUUAUUAUGGAGUAUUAGACGAAUAUUUGUGUGGUAUCAAGGAAUCAUUAUAAAAAUUAAAAUAAAAACGGAUUAA